UGUAAUCCGUUGGUUUGUGGUUUGCGGAGGGGCUUGUCUCAGUGAGGAGGCCAGUAUGGAUCCACAGCGCGAUAUUCAAAAUUUUAAACGAAAUAUUAGCACCAGAUCCACUAUAUCCUCAUGUUCUUCGCUCGCAAUGGAGAUCAAGAGAAAGAAAAUAAGAGAAAGCAUGUUUUUUCUAAAUGAGGACUGUGAUAUUCAGGAGAAGUUGGAUUUUGAGAUGCGAAUGAGAGCGGGGGCUUACAAGCUUCUGGUUGCCAGUACAAAGAAAGAGCAGGUGUUAGAUGCAUCCAGGAGUCUGUUAACAUGUAAUGCCAGAAUUAAAGCCUACAUGACUGAAGCACAAAGGAGAAAACAGCACCAGGAUAUCAGAAGGUCUUCAAACUCUCUGAAUCAAGUCCCUUGUAAAGGAAAGGUAGCCAUAUCCGGUCUGCGAAUUCCAUUGUUUUGGAAAGAUUCUGAACAUUUCAACAGCAAAGGAAAUGAACAGAGGGUGGCAGUCUUCUGCUUGAUGAAAAUCGGCUCUGAGAUUUUUGACACAGAAAUGGUUAUUGCAGACCCAUCGAUGACUGAUAUUUGCUUUGAGGGUGUAAAUAUAUUCUCUGAGGCUAAGCCAGACUUUGAAAUAACAUUGGAGCUGUAUAGCUGUGGACUAGAGGGUGAGGGAGCCUUUGUGAACACUCCAAAAAAGCUGGCCAGGAAGCUGCGCUCUUCAUUUGGCCGAUCUUCAGGAAGGAAACUCUGCCCCCUUCUGGACGGAGGAGACCCAGAUACUUUCCUUCUGUCCAACCCAAUACCACAAGGUGCACGAUACUCGAUGUUGGCAUACACAACGUUGGGUUUGGAGCAGGCUGAAGGCUCUUUCCAGUCUCAUUCUCUUAUUAUCCUGCAGAACGUGGAGACUUCGGCAUGGCUUCCGCUCUAUGGAAACCUGUGCUGUCAGCUUGUGGCUCAACCUGACUGCAUGACUCAAGAUAUGAUGACAGGCUACCUGAGCCAACAGCAAAGCAUUGAGGGUUUGCAGCGCAGCUGUCGGCUGUACUGUGUGCUGAAGGCUGGACGGCUUUCGUGCUAUUACUCACCUGAAGAGAUUCAAGCUAAAAUGGAGCCAAGCCUCAUUAUUCCCAUAAACAAGGAUACUCGUAUCCGGGUUGUAGGCAAAGAUCAUGAGAGGACUGGGUCUAGACUGUGCCUCAUAAACCCAGGACAUGGAGACUCUUCCAGUCAUGUUUUCAUCGCUGAAACUCCUGAUGUCCUACAGGAGUGGCUGGAUGCAUUGCGGCAGCACAUUUAUGACCAGAGUCAGUGGCAACACGCAUGCAACAAGCUUAUGGAAAUCGAAGUUUUGUCACCACGGAAACCACCACUCUUUCUGACGAAGGAAGCCGAUUCUGUUUAUAAGGAUUUGAGCAUCGGCUCCCCUGGGAAAUUCGAAAGCUUGACUGACAUAAUUCACAACAAGAUUGAGGAAACUGAUGGGCGCUAUCUCAUUGGUCAGGGGGAGGAGAAAGAGCCUCCUCAUUGGGCUGCACUGUUUGAAGGAUCUCGACCAAUGGUGGUACAAAAAGCAAUUCUGUCACCAGGUAAAGAAAGUGACCAGUCAACUUUAAGUCCCACCACGAGCAGCAACAAAAAGAGGAGAGCUCCUCCACCCCCGCCUGAUAAAUUACCAUAUGCUGAACCUACCAGCAUCAUAUCCAAUCAGGAGAAAGAGAACUGUAAAGGGGCGAGGCCGCGAGCAGGGAGACCAUCGCUGGAUGCGAAAUUCUCUGCCAUCAUCCAGCAGCUGCAAAAGAACCACACUUCCUAUCGUAAAAACCCACCUCUGGGACAGAUUGAGCCCUGUCAGCAGCCUUAUACCCCAAAAAAUGAUGAGUUUGAUAACCCUAAAAAUUCCAGUCGGGACCCUCAGGCUCCGGUGCCGGCCCCCAGGAACAAACUGAGAAUGUCAUUCAGAGAAAAGAAAAACACUAAAGCCUGGUAAUUUCUUUAGUCGUCUGUCUGUCUAUCUUCUCAUGAUUAAUGAAUUGGCACCUCUGCAGAAACUUUCAUAUUUUUAUUGAUCCACCUUUGUGAAAGGUUAGAUGUAUGUGAAUGUAUUAAUUGUCUAUCUUGUUUGUUCAUGCUUGAGCAAAAACUAAAGGGAGACAAAAUUUUUAUUCAUUUUGGUAGGGUCUUGUUUUUAUUUCUUGGUCUUAACAUUACAGUCCUACAGUUGAUAGAUGUAACUUGGACUUACAAAACUUAUUGGUUUAUUUGUAAUUCUUUAUUUACUGUUCAAGAAUAAUGUAUUAGUUGUGUAUCGUGUUUAGCACUAGUUGUCUGUAACUGACCAGUUAUUAUGUAACCACUACAAAUGAGCACUUUGAGGGUUGGCACAUGGAAUCAUUGAAUGCACAAAUCGGCAUACAGUUCAAUGUAUUUUUUUUUAACAGUGAUGGUUAACAUGCAGCCUUUUCUUUUAUUUCACAAAUUAAUAUUGUCUUAAAGUUAAACGUUAGUAUAUCUGUUUGAAAAUAUAGUUGCACAUGUUUAAACACAAGCUCAAGGUAUUAGUGGGUGAGGAAACACUAGAAACUGGAAUCUAUGGGUUAGUUUAUUUAACUGUAUUUUCUUUAUGACUGUAAGAUUUUAUACAAUAAGUUUUUCCUUCAUUUAAAGUCCACUAAAAUAACAAUGGUGAACUUUUAUGAAAAUGUCAUUUCAGUCUCAAACGUUGUUUUCAUUUAAUUUGUAAUUUGUCUUUUAUACUGUAGUUUUACAGAAAUGUUAAGGUUCAUUGUUUAAGUUAAACACAAAUCAUGCAUUCCCCUAAAUCCUAUUUUUGCAGAUUAUUUGUCUGUAGUGUACAUUACUGUGCAAUACUUUUUCUUUUCAUUGGAUCCUAUUUCUGUAUUUCAGAUGUUUCAGAACAAUUCACUGCGUAAAACAUAUAUUGAUCUCUAGGCAUUAAUACAACUUACAGGUACAAUGUCAUAUGCAGUUACUUUGG